GGAUUUAUGCUUUUACAGAUCACUCUGUUCCAGACAUUGAAAUAAAAGCAGCUGUGGAGAUCUAGGGGGGAUGCUCUAUACAGAGUUCAUUAAUAAGACACUUAACUGGAUAUGAGUGGGAUGGCAUCAGAUCACAACACUUCCUCCCAGGAAGAAUACGUCCCACAUUAUCUCCAGAAGGGAGAUCCCUUUGCGUCAAAGCUUUCUAGAGAAGCUGACAUCAUAGCUGGCUUUUAUUUGACAGUAAUUGGGAUCCUUUCAACCUUGGGAAAUGGGUAUGUUAUUUUUAUGUCCUCAAAGCGAAAAAAGAAGUUGAGACCUGCUGAGAUAAUGACUGUUAAUUUAGCAGUGUGUGAUCUGGGCAUUUCAGUUGUAGGCAAACCUUUCAGUAUCAUCUCCUUCUUCUGUCACCGCUGGAUGUUUGGAUGGAUAGGCUGCCGCUGGUAUGGAUGGGCUGGUUUCUUCUUUGGCUGUGGGAGCCUUAUUACCAUGACAGCUGUCAGCCUGGACAGGUACCUAAAAAUCUGCCACUUGUCCUAUGGUACCUGGCUGAAGAGACAUCAUGCAUUUGUCUGUCUGGCAAUAAUCUGGGCCUAUGCCAUGUUCUGGGCUACGGUGCCUUUUGCUGGGGUGGGGAGCUACGCCCCUGAGCCAUUUGGAACCUCCUGCACUCUGGACUGGUGGCUGGCACAGGCUUCGGUGGCUGGACAGGUUUUUGUUCUCAGUAUUCUUUUCUUCUGCCUCCUGCUCCCAACUGCGGUGAUUGUGUUUUCCUAUGUCAAAAUAAUUUUGAAAGUCAAAUCCUCCACCAAAGAAGUCGCUCACUACGAUACCAGGAUUCAGAACAGCCAUAUACUUGAAAUGAAGCUGACCAAGGUGGCAAUGUUGAUCUGCGCAGGGUUCCUCAUUGCCUGGAUCCCCUACGCCGUGGUCUCAGUCUGGUCAGCCUUUGGACAGCCGGAUUCAGUUCCCAUUCAGUUUUCAGUGGUACCAACACUGCUUGCAAAGUCAGCAGCCAUGUACAACCCAAUUAUUUACCAGGUCAUAGAUUGUAAAUUUGCCUGUUGCCGGUCAGGAGAACUGAAAGCGAAGAACUCUUUGAAGAAAUCAAGGACAUACACCAUAUCUGCACACAGAGACUCGAUGGUGGUGAACGAAACCCAGCUGGAAGCAUGAAGGCUCAUUUCAAUAUAGAAAAUGAAAACCUGAUGACAAACAACUCUACUGGCUCAAGCUCCUCUUUCUGUAAAUUAAUUAAAACAUGGUGACAGUUUUGUUUUACUCCCUAGCCCUCAGUACAAUGUAGUUCUUUCCAUCUUGACCAAAAUAGUGGGAUUAAAGCUGGGAAAAUAUUUUGAGUACUCAGAGGAAGAAGAA